GCAUGCGCUCAAACUGUAAACAGACAUGGCGCUACACGGAGGAGCCCUGCGUUUUAACCUGCGCUUAAACCUCAAUUAUGCGUCCAAAGUCUGCUCCUUUGUCAGUGUCAGGAGGUUUUCUGAAAAGUUGACGUCUAAACCCGCAUCAGGCGGUGGUACAGAGACUACCGGAGACCAUGCCAUCUACACACCAGAGCAUUUUGCUCUGAAAGAGUCCCUCAGAAAGAUCAUCGAUCAGGAGAUCAACCCCCAUGUGGAUCAGUGGGAAGCAGAAGGAAAGUUUCCAGCACACAAAGUCUUCAAAAUCUUAGGAAGUGCUGGCUUUCUAGGAGUCAACAAACCGGUCGAGUAUGGAGGCCUGGGCCUGGACUUCAGCUACAGUGUAGCAGUGGCAGAGGAGUUGGGCCACAUCCGCUGCGGAGGCGUCCCCAUGGCCAUCGGUGUACAAAGCGACAUGGCUACUCCCGCACUUGCCAGGUUUGGUUCAGCUUCGCUAAAGAAAGAAUUCCUCCUUCCUUCCAUCAUGGGGGACAAAGUUGCCUGCCUCGGUGUCAGUGAAGUGGGAGCUGGCUCUGACGUCUCAAGUAUAAAGACCAAGGCAGUGAGGGAAGGCGACGAGUAUGUGAUCAACGGCGGGAAGAUGUGGACCACCAAUGGUACCCAGGCAGACUGGAUGUGUCUCCUUGCCAACACCAGUGAUGGGCCCCCACACAGGAACAAAUCUCUCAUCUGUUUGCCCAUGAACCUGCCAGGAGUCCACAUCGCCCGCAAGAUUGACAAAAUGGGUAUGUGGUCGUCGGACACAGCGGAGGUGUUUUUCGAUGAUGUGCACGUUCCCUGCAAGAACCUCAUCGGAGAGGAAGGCAUGGGCUUCACCUACCAGAUGCUUCAGUUCCAGGAAGAGAGGCUUUGGGCAGUGGCCAACGUGCUGACCACAAUGGACGUCGUCCUUCAGGACACCGUCGAGUACGCAAGGCAGAGGAGCAUCUUCAAGCAGCCCGUCCUUUACCACCAGACGGUGCACUUCAGGUUGGCCGAGCUGCAGACGGAGGUUGAGCUCCUCCGCUCCCUCCUCCACCGAGCUACAGCAUUGUACAUUAAAGGUAACGAUGUCACCAAGCUGGCAUCGAUGGGCAAAUUGAAGGCUGGACGUCUGGCCAGAGAGCUGAGCGACAGCUGUCUCCAGUUCUGGGGAGGGAUGGGUUUCACUAAUGAUGUGAUGGUCAGCAGAUUUUACAGGGAUUCCCGUCUGUUGUCAAUUGGUGGCGGUGCCGAUGAGGUUAUGCUGGGAAUCAUCUGCAAAUACAUGGACAUACUACCCAAGAAGUGAUGUCAUUAACAGCUGACGCAACUCUGUUACUUAUAAGCUAAUCAAUAAUAAUAAUGAUAAUGAAUUGCAACACAAAGAAACAAGAAAUAAUAAUCACCUAAGUGCAAUUCCGGUAAACUCAUGAACUCUUUGACACACUUUUAACUAUAUCUUUUUUUAAACUAGUGUGUUGACUAAAAUGUAUGAGCUGAUACAGGAAAACCGAAGCUUGUUUGUCUGAUGGUAAGUUCUAUACUGAUUAAUUUAUUGAUAUAGAAUUAGGAAAAA